AUGCCCAGACUGGCGCUGAUAAACCCCAAUCCAUAUCACUUUCCAUAUGCAACCAAGUGGUCAGCGUAUGAGAUGAAUUACAAAAAAACCCCGCAUCAUUGUGCUCCUGGGUACCGGACGUUCUUCGAUCAUUUUGAGGAAGAUGAUGUAUUGUCUCUAACACGUAUACUACUAUCACUUUGCAUUUUUUUAAACUCUAAUCCCUUUUUAACUAUAUUAUAUUUUCUAUGGAGGCCUUAUCUUAAACUUGAAGACGAGGAUUCAACUGAAAGCGACAUGUGGAGUUCUACAACAUUCAUAUUUUGUUUCACUUAUGUUGAAAUGCAUCAUUCAGAUAGGGUGAAACUCCAAUUCGGAAUUCAACAAGACAUUCCUGGUCCACCUACAUGCAUGGAGAGGUACCACAAGAGUACAACGAACGACCAAUGGAAAUUCGAUAGUUGGAGAGACCAUAACAGACAAGAACGUUAA